UUGAGGGUUUGAACAAUAUAAACAGUCUUUAAGUGGGUUUUUGGAUAGCUUUAGAAGAAUGUAUCAGUCAGGGGGAAAGAAGAAUGAGGAUUAUCGGUAGAGUUUGACUACUGCCUCUUGCUCACUUUAUUUGUUCAUUAAAAUUUUUGCACACACUUCCAUGCUGUGCUUUUGGCUAAGAUCUAGCACUGAGCAGAAAAUAUUCUGUUGAAACAGUUUUGCCCUACAUAUCUUAUUGGAGCAAUAGGUAUCAUCUAGCAAUUUGAUAUGAAUAGGAGAAACAAAUCUCUCCAGGCAAACUCUGUCCGUAUAUUCCAAUGGUUGUAAAUAAACUUACCCAAUGUUCAUUCCCAAGAAGAACUGAAAAAUGAUAACCAAAAGGCAGGACAGAAAUACCUCUUCUGGAGUAGGUUCUAUCUAGCACCCAUGAUGUAGGUUUGGUAAGCCACUGAGUUUUUGAGGUAAAAACAAAAAUUCUUUCUGUGAGCCAAGCAUGGGGAUAUCAUGCCAGUUCUAUUAUGAAUAUCCAUGUGUGGCCCUGAAACUGGCCUAAGUGUGACUUGUAAGUUAAUGAUUACCUUAGCAGUUGUCUAAACUACUUGGUUUCACAAGCAGUUCACCUGCAGAGGAGUCUCCAGAAAGCAGCAUGUUCCCUUUGCUCUUUGGGGCUGGACUGGUGGUUCUGAACCUAGUAACUUCUGCUAGGAACCAGAAGACAGAACCCCUUAGUGGCUCUGGGGACCAGCUGCUCUUCCAUGGAGCAGAUCGAUCUGACUUUGCCAUCAUGAUCCCUCCAGGAGGCACAGAAUGCUUCUGGCAAUUUGCCCACCAGACUGGAUACUUCUAUUUCAGUUACGAGGUACAGCGGACACUGGGAAUGUCACAUGACCGACACGUUGCUGCUACUGCACAUACCCCACAGGGUUUCCUCAUAGACUCCUCUCAGAAUGUUCGAGGCCAGAUAAACUUCUCUACCAAAGAGACAGGUUUUUAUCAGCUUUGUCUAAAAAAUCAGCAAAAUCACUUUGGUUCUGUGCAAGUGUACCUCAAUUUUGGAGUCUUCUAUGAGGGACCUGAGAUGGACCACAAACAGAAGAAUGAAAGAAAACAACUGAAUGAUACUCUGGAUGCAAUUGAGGAGAGUACACGGAAGGUGCAGAACAAUAUCUUUCACAUGUGGCGAUACUACAACUUUGCCCGCAUGAGGAAAAUGGCUGACUUUUUCCUUCUCCAAUCAAACUAUAACUAUGUGAACUGGUGGUCGACAGCUCAGAGCCUUGUUAUUGUUCUUUCUGGAAUCCUGCAGCUGUAUUUCUUGAAGCGUCUCUUCAAUAUCCCAAAGACUACAGACACAAAAAAGCUAAGAUGCUAAGCCAAAAUGACCACAGCACCCUAGCUCUUUUCUUCUGGGGCAGAAGCUUUGUCAAAGUUUCAGUCAAAUAAGCUUUGUAAAGUUAUUGGGAAAAAACCAUUUAUCUUGUUAGAAUAUCUUAGUCUAUUGCUCUCCUUUCCUCUCCAAUUGCCUCAAAAUGGCAAUAAAAUAAUAAAUGUGCAAGUUUUGAUA